ACCGACUCCCGCCGGAUCAGUGACUGACCGCGCGCUGGACCAAAGAAGUGAGGCGCGAGAGGCGGGAUUUAUGCAAAUGAGGCGCAGUGAGGAGACGCUCGAGCUUCAGUGAGGCACUUUGUGAACACCACUUCAUAUGAUCUUUCGUCGAUAUAAAAUCAUCGCAACAUGGCUUCAAAGUGCCCCAAGUGUGACAAGACUGUGUAUUUUGCUGAGAAGGUGUCAUCUCUGGGGAAGGACUGGCAUAAGUUCUGUCUGAAGUGUGGCCGCUGUAACAAAACCCUGAACGCAGGGGGACAUGCUGAGCAUGAUGGGAAGCCCUUCUGCCACAAACCAUGCUAUGCUGCCCUCUUUGGACCAAAAGGUGUGAACAUUGGCGGAGCAGGGUCCUAUGUGUAUGAAGCCCCCGUCAGCAAUAACCUAGCCUCUACUGACUUGAACGCCCCCCCCAAGCCUGCUGAGGAGAAGAAAGUGUUUGCACCCAGGGCACCUGUCAAAGCUUCCAGCAUCACCACCUUCUCUGGUGAGGCCAACCUGUGUCCCAGGUGCAGCAAGAAGGUCUACUUUGCUGAGAAGGUAACGUCCCUGGGGAAGGACUGGCAUCGGCCCUGUCUCCGCUGUGAGAGGUGCAGCAAGACCCUGGCCGCCGGCAGCCACGCAGAGCAUAAUGGCCAGCCAUACUGCCACAAGCCAUGCUAUGCUUGUCUCUUUGGACCCAAAGGAGUGAACACUGGAGGUGUUGGCAGCUACAUCUAUGAGAAGGAGGUCAGCACAGAGGCCCAGCCCUGAGCUACUGCGGUCUGUCCCGUCCCCAGCCUCAACCUCUCCAAUACUAAUACCACAAUCCAACACAGUAUUAUUAACACUAGGCUUUAGCCCCUAUAGCUCCUUCUAUAAGCAGCCCUGAGAGACCCAAGGCCUCUCUUCCAGCUCCUCCCAUUUAACCACCCCUGACCCCAAAUAUUUCACCACCUGGCCCAGCCCAUCUCAGGCUCCUAGCACUGCAGUCCUCUAAUAUACACUAAUAUAUAUAUAUACACUAAUAUACAUAUACACUGACCAAUAGUAUGUGGACACCUGUUCGUCGAUUACAAAAUCAUGGGCAUUAAUAUGGAGUUGGUCCCUCCUUUGCUGCCACAGCAGCCCCCACUCUUCUGGGAAGGCUUUCCACUAGAUGUUGGAACAUUGCUGCAGGGACUUGCUUCCAUUCAGCCACAAAAGUAUUAGUGAGGUCGGGCACUGAUGUUGGGCGAUAAGGCCUGGCUCGCAGUCUGUGUUCCAAUUCAUCCCAAAGGUGUUUGAUGGGGUUGAGGUCAGGACUCUGUGCAGGCCAGUCAAGUUCUUUUACACCGACCUUGACAAACCAUUUCUGUACGGACCUCGCUUUGUGCACGGGGGCAUUGUCAUGCUGAAACAGGCAAGGGCCUUCCCCAAACUGUUGCCUCAAUGUUGGAAGCAUAGAAUCGUAUGCAAUGAAUGUUAUAGUAUGCUGUAGCGUUAAGAUUUCCCUUCACUGAAUCUAAGGGGCCUAGCCCGAAUCAUCAAAAACAUUGGGGCAGGUAGCUUUUUCCUGGCAUUCGUCCGUUGGGACUGCAAGAUGGUUAAGCAUGAUUCAUCACUCCAGAAAACGCAUUUCCACUGCUCCAGAGCCCAAUGGCGGCGAGCUUUACACCACUCCAGCUGAUGCUUGGCAUUGCACAUGGUGAUCUUAGGCUUGUGUGCAGCUGCUCUGCGAUGGAAACCCAUUUCAUGAAGCUCCUGACAAACAGUUAUUGUGCUGACGUUGCUUCCAGAGGCAGUUUGGAACUCAGUAGUGAGUGUUGAAAAUGAGGACAGACUAUUUUUACACGCUUCAGCUUUCGGCGGUCCUGUUCUGUGAACUUGUGUGACCUACCGCUUGUUGCUCCUCAACGUUUCCACUUUACAAUGACAGCACUUACAGUUGACUGGGGCAGCUCUAGCAGGGCAGAAAUGUGACGAUUUGACUUGUAGGAAAGGUGGCAUCCUGUGAUCGGUUCUUAUAAAUCACAAGUGCCGUAAUAUCGGCAGGUGCUUUUUCAAAUCUUUAAAAAAUAAACCAUCUCUAAAGCUUUGCAUGGAACAAAAUGUUAUGUUUGUCAUAUUAGUUUAUUUUUUCCCCCCAUGUGCUGGUAUUUUUUUUGUGUUAAGAUUAUUGCGUAUUAGUUCGAUGCCACGUUGAAAGUCACUGAGGUCUCCAAUAUUUGUCUAUGGAGAGUGCAUGGCUGUGUGCUCGAUUGUAUACACCGGUCAGCAAUGGGUGUGGCUGAAAUAGCCACAUCCACUCAUUUGAAGGCGUGUCCACAUACUUUUGUAUAUAUAGUGUAGCUUGACUCUUCCCAAACACUUUAUUAAAUUAUAUUUUAUUUACGCUUCAAAAAGAAAAUAUAAUUUAUGGGACACAAUUUAACCCUGAGUGGGUUCUUCAUAUUACUGUAUGGAGUUACCAUUCUCUCUCCCACUGAAACAUAAGUUCUUCACCUUUUAUGAGUUCAUGAUUAGUUUAUGUCAUGUUUAUGUAUAUUUACGAGCGUGGAUAUAAGCACAUUAUAACCCCAUAUACAAUGUUACUUUAAUAACUGCAAUAAAACAUUUUUUUUAUUUCCCUUUUAUUUAAUUUUAAGCACCCCUAACGCAGCCUUUGUGGGGGAGUUUAGAGACGAGACCAGGUGAAAUAGGUCGUAUGAUCCCUGUCUGUAACAUAACACAUCUAUUUCCUCAGAGUAGUGAUACAUGGUGUUUUUAGGGGAGGUGUUGCGUUGUCAUGGUAACACACUGACAGGCAUGCAGGUGUACCUGGGAGAGAGGCAGUAGUCUGGCGGCAGGUGCAGGUGGUGCUGUUUCAGGACAGGAGCACCACUUUAAAUCCCUCCUGCUAGAUUUAUGGGUUAAGACCUAGAUUUAUACAGUUUUGGCCGCCCGACUACAUUCCUGAUCAAAUGGAUGAUAUAAAAAAAAGUAUCUGGGGUUUAAGUUCCAGAAAGAGUCUGGAUCAUUUUAAAAGAUGGUAUUUUAGGGUUGUGGGUCAAUAAGGGUAGCCAGGUUCAUGAUCUGUUUGUACUGUUUUGCCUAUGGUCAUUGCACGUCAAUGGAUACCGUAGUAUCCACACAGCACAUACACAUCUGGAACCAGGAUAUUUUGAGGGUCCUGUUACUGGGUUGACAUGGUACAGUAGAUUGUUUAUGCACAGUACUGCAUUGGGUUCCAGACAUGGAAAUCAUUUUAAAUUGGGUUUGAAAUAAACAGGAUGUGUUUAUUCAUUUAUUAAGAAUAAGAAGACUAUACCAGUAAAAUUGCAUAAGGAAAGUGCAUUGUACUACGGCUAUGGGACAAAUGAAUGAAGGAAGGAAAAGAAGCUGGGGCAACAUGAACUUGUAGGAUAUAGAGUGAUGACCAGAGUGAAGCUGUACAAUUCGAUAUGGUCAGAAUGUUAUUGUAGUAAGAAACCCUUGAUGUAUUUCUACCUGAGAUUUCUAUGAGCUAACUGAAGUAUUAUACCUUAGUAGGAGGUAGCCAAUAGAAACACAGGUGCAUCUGAAAUGGCACCCUGUUCCCUGUUUAGUGCACUAAUUUUGAACAGGGCUCCCGUCAAAAGUAUUGCACUAUGUAGGGAAUAGGAUGCCAUUUUGGGACAAACACAUAGUAACUGAAACACUGCAGACAAAGCAUUAUGUUAUAAUGUGCUUUAGUAUUAUAUAUAUAUAUAUAUAUAUAUAUAUAUAUAUAUAUAUAUAUAAAUUAGGACUGUUGUGAUGAUUUGAUUAUAAUGAUCUGUUAUGAACUGUUUUGUGUAGUAAGGCUUGAUUAAAACACUUCAGGAGUCACUGUAGAGAAAUAAAAUGGCUGCACUUCAGUCCUGCUGCUUCCGUCUUCUUAAUCCCUUCAUUAAACUUUCUAUAUAUACUGUU